CGCCGCGAUGAGGUUCCGCUUGGCCGGAGCCGUGCUGCUGUCGGCGGCCGCCUACUACGUUUACUUGCCGCUACCGAGCGGCGUGAGCGAGCCGUGGAAGCUGAUGCUGCUGGACGCGCUGUUCCGGAGCUUCAUGCAGGCGGUGAGAGCUGAAGGAUGCGCCGACAGGAGGGCAGAAGAGGACAGGUUGAUUUGAGGAAAAACAGAGCUGGCAGGAGUGACGUGGCUCACACCCUGGGCCUGUGCCAUCGGGUCCACGUGUUGAACCAGGUGGUGUCCUGGGUGGAGGUGAUCGAGGCUCACUCCUGCUCCGCCGUGCACGUGACUGACUCCACCCUGGGCGGCGUUCCGACCCGAGUCUUCCAGCCAAAGGGGGGUGGAGAGCGGCUGAAAAGGGGGGUCAUAUAUUUCCACGGCGGAGGAUGGGCCCUUGGCAGUGGACGGAUGCGAUCGUACGACCUUCUUUGUCGGAAAAUGGCUGAAGACCUGGACUCUGUCGUCAUGUCUGUUGAUUACCGACUCGCUCCAGAGGCGGUGUUCCCGGAUCAGUACCAUGAUGCGUUGGCGGCGUCACGGGCUUUCCUGUCCUCUCAGGUCUUAGAGCGCUACGGCAUCGAUCCACAGAGGGUGUGUGUGUCUGGAGACAGCGCCGGGGGAAACCUGGCUGCCGCUGUGGCACAGGAGCUCAGCUCAGAUGAUAGUCUGACAGUAAAGUUCAAGGUCCAGGCGUUGAUCUACCCUGUGCUGCAGGCGCUUGACUUCCACACCCCGUCCUACCAGCAGAACCAGGCCGUGCCCAUCCUCUACAGGCCUGUCAUGGCUCGUUUCUGGCUGCAGUACCUGGGCGCAGAAUCCUCCCUGGAGCCUCUCGUGCUUGCUAACAAUCACAGCUCUCUGGACCAGCCGACCAUCAGCGCCAGCACCCGCUCCAAGCUGGACUGGACCGCUCUGCUCCCGGCUCAACGCAGGAAGCACUUCCGUCCACUCAUCAAAGAAAGGGGCUCGGCAGGAGUGUUGAGCCAGGUACCGGAGUUGAUGGAUGUUAGGGCGGCACCGCUGCUGGCAGAGCAGGCGGUUCUGGGUAGGACGCCUAAAGCAUACGUGAUGACGUGCGAGUUUGACGUCCUGAGGGAUGACGGGUUGAUGUACGUCAGACGCCUGCAGGAUGCCGGCAUCACAGUGACCAGCGAUCACUACGAGGACGGUUUUCAUGGCUGCAUGGUGUUUGCAUUCCUGCCAAUGAUGUCCAGUGUUGGACAGAGGAGCAUGAACAACUACAUCCAAUGGCUAGACCAGAAUCUGUAGGCAAUCAAAGCUUUACGGAUCCAGGAUCUGUGUGGUCCGUUUGUGGCACCAAAGACGUCCUGGAGCAGAAAGUCUGGUACUUCACGGCUCCUUGUCGAAUCUGCAGAGAUGAGGUGGUGACAAGCCUCCUGACAUCCUGAGAAGUGAGGGGAAGCCACAUACAUUCAUAUACAUCUUUAAAAGACCAAGUAUAUCAGUGUGGUGCACCUGAAUGUCACUGGGCCUGCAGAUCUAGAGUCAAAUGUACCACAAAACCUCCUCCGUGAACCCCGAAACCAAAAUGUUUCCACUCAGUUGUAACCAAACAAAGUGAUGCUUUCCUGUUUAUGUCAGAGGCCAUGAAUACAAAGCAACAGUUAUGAGAAUGACAGAAUACUUUAGGUUGUUAUUUUCAAGAGAAACAAAAUCCAGGAGUUUAUUUAAGAGCUGAAGGCAUACGAUCUACAGUCCAUACGAUCACGGCUGCAACAUAAUCAACAGGUAACAUGUUUCAGUACUACACAAGUCUGAAUUUGGAAAUGUCAAUCACAGCUCAACACUGUCAGUUCUCCAUGUAUAUUCUAUUAAUAACUUAAUAAUUAAGAUUAGAAUAAUUAAUUAAAUUCUCUACCCAGUUUCUCUACCCAUAUUUACUGUAAACUGAAGCAGAAAAGGCAACAACUCAAAACCAGCAUGUCUCUUUGAAACUCUUUCUGUAAAAACUGGCAAAAAGAGAAAAUGUGAGCCCUGAUUAUGCUGCCUAACAGGCUCUUAAUCCAACUGGUUUUAAAGGUCAAAGUCACUCUUCCUGUUAUCUUCAGCUUUUAUUCUUUUACGAUGCACUGGGGCACUGAAACACUCUGCUCACACACACAAAACAGGACGGUCAAGGUUACAGUGUGUGUUUGUGUGUG